AUGGACCUGGGCUACUUUCCCCUCGCCUUCCCGUCGGGGCUGUGCAGCGGGCCCCCGCUGCUUCCCCAUCCCCGGCGGGGGGACGGCGCCUUCUUGGAGCUGGGGACCGCGGCCACCGCCGCCACCCCCACGCCACCUGCCUGCGCGGGGGCGGCGGGGUACACGGCCGUCCUCCCCGCGGCGCCGGGCCCCGGCUACCGGCCGUCCCACGAAGCCGGGCCGCCGGACUUCUCCACGUCCAUCUUGCCCGGGAGUGACCGCCCGCCGUCGGAGCCCGGCCGCCCCUGCCCCUGUCCGAGCGGCGGGUUGCGGGGCCUCUCGCCCUGCCCCGGGGCCGCCCCCGCUCCCGGCUCCCUGGACCCCACGGCGGCCCCGGAGGCGCCCCCCACCUUCGAGUGGAUGCGAGCGAAGCGGAGCUCGCCCGGGAGAAGCGGCGCGGCAUCGUGCGGGGUGGAACUUCCCGCCUACCCCGCACGCACCAGCUUCAGCACCCGGCAGCUCACGGAGCUGGAGAAGGAGUUUCACUUCAGCCGGUACCUGUCGCGGGCCCGCCGGCUCGAGGUGGCCCGCUCGCUGCGCCUCCGCGACGCCCAGGUGAAGGUCUGGUUCCAGAAUCGCCGCAUGAAGCAGAAGAAGCGGGAGCGGGAGGUGCUGGCCGCCCCCGCCGCCGCACCCACCGGUGCCCCGGGCGGCCCCGCCUGA